AUGGAUGCUCUUAAGAGCUAUGCAAAGAAGGCUGAUCUUGCUGAUGAGACUCUAAGACCACCACUAGUUCCAUCAGAGAAGCACAAUGCUUUCCGAGUGAGGGAUGUUGCAUCCAGGUGCAAAACUGAUCUGGCUGAUGCCACUAAGAUAAGGCGAUGUACAUCACCAAGUCUUGGCCAGACCUCAGCACCUGAAGGCACACCAGCACCCAAAAGAGCUCAAUCAGCAGAUAGAAGAAGGCCGUCGACACCUUCAACCCCUCCCUCUAAGGUGUCAACACCCUCAACGCCUGCAUCAAGGUCCAUUACACCAGUUCGUGAUACCACUAGAGACUUACACAAGAGUUCCAAGCGUAUAGCAAGCACAAAGGCUCCUGAUGGCCUGUGGCCAGCAAUGCGUAACUUGUCUUCCUCCUUCCAGUCGGAAUCUGUGGCUGCACCUACUACAAGAAAAGAUAAGGUAGUCACUGCCUUGGAUUGUAGCAAGGGGCAGGCGAGUGUUCUAACCGAGAGGAAGAGAAGUCCUUUCAGAAGGAGAAACAUUGGUGAACAUUGUGAGAAUGCUCAACCUUCAGAGGAGCCCCCUAAGAGGGUAAUUGAGCAACACAGAUGGCCAGCCAUGAUAGCUGGGCAGGCGCCAAAGAAUUUCAUGUCAAGAAGCAUUGACCUUUCUGACAAAGCUACUAGACCAGUCCUAUCAUCAAAUACAUCAAGAGGUCUUUCGCCAAGGAAGGCACCUUCUGUUGGACCAGUCCAAUCAUCAAAUACAUCAAGAGGCCUUUCACCAAGGAAGACCCCUUCUGCUGAGGCUUCAGUCAAACUGUCGAAUCAAUCAUUGGAUGGAGUGGCAAGGAGUUUGGCUAUUCAGGCAAGCAGAAGAGAUGAUAAGGUAGAUUCACAGGCAAUAGAGAGAUCCAAAUCUUUGAGCCGACCAAACAGAACAGUUACUUUUCCUGUUCCAGUACUACAACGCUCAUCAUCACCAAGCAGAGCGUUGCCAGCUACGUCCUCAACUUCCAGGGCCUUUCAGAGCCCAUCUCGGACAAGGCCUUCAACACCCUGUCGGUCCCAAAGUGCUGGAGCUAUCCAAGCAAGUGUUCCGUCUCCUCUUAUUAACUACAUGGUUGAUGCGCGAAAAGGAAAGAAGAAUGCCAGCCAAAUCGAAAAUAUUCACCAAGUGCGUUUAUUGCACAAUAGACAUUUGCAGUGGCGCUUUAUAAAUGCUCAUGCAGAAGUUGCUUUAUCUUUUCAAAAGGCUACUGUUGAGAAUACCAUUUAUAAUGUUUGGAGGAAUACUAUAAACCUGCGGGAUUCUGUUAAUAUGAAAAGAAUAAUGGUGCAACAUUUUCAGCAAGAACUCAGGCUUUACAACAUUCUGAAAGAACAGAUUGCUUACCUUGAACAAUGGCCAACACUAGAAAGGCAGAAUAGUAUCUCUUUAUUAGGGGCAACUGAGGCUCUGAAAGCAAGCACCCUGCGCCUGCCAGUUACAUCGGGGGCAAAGGCUAAUGCAAUUGCUCUCAAGAAUGCUGUAAGCUCAGCUGUUGAUGUCAUGCAAGUUUUGGGCUCAUCUGUUUGCUGCAUGCUUUCAAAGGUCAUGGACAGCACAUCCUUGGUUUCAGAACUCUCUGUCAUAGCAGGACAAGAGAAGGUCAUGCUUGAUGAAUGCAGAGAACUCUUAGCUACAGCUGCAAAACUGCAGGUGCAGGAGGCGAGCCUACGGACACAUCUUGUGCAACAGAGACAAAGGGCUUCAGGAUUGAAUUUGGCAACCUGA